UCGCGCACGCAGGCGGAGGGAAGACGCACUGGAUUAAACCUGCGCUCGUUUCUGUGAAGAAGGGGAUGCUGUGAAGCCUCGUUUACCCUUUUUUGGGGGGCUGUUUUGAAGGAGCUGGUCAUUUUGGUGCUUCUUUUGGCGGGGAAGCGCGUCCCCCCCCCCACCCCCCAACUCACCCCACCAAACCACUUCAGAGUGCCGGGAGAGGAGUGAGUUUGGGGUGAGAGAGUUUUUUUUCUCCUCUGAAACUGCUCGCCGUCGACGGCGGUUCGCUCGUGUCCGUCUAGCUGGCUUUCAGCACCGGCUCGGUUUCGUGGCGAUGGCGAGGAUGAACCAAGCGGCCACUUACGGAUUUGUCCACCUGAGGGAGGAUUUUAGGCUUCCUUGAUGCCCGAAGCGGGGCUCUAAAGGGCUGCGCCGGUUCCUAUCCGCGUCUGGAAGCGUCCAAAACAAGACAAUCUCGGACACAGCGCUGGCCAGGGGGUGGAAGACGUAAGUGGUCGAGCGAGACUGAGGUGUUACCUCCCCAGGGCAUCAUGGCUUUCUCUGUGGGAUUGUUUCUGCUCUGGGCCCUGCUGGUGGACUCAAUCAACGGGGCUCUGGGUGGCAUCCUUUACCGCAUGCGAGAGGAGCAGCCGCCAAGCACGCUGAUAGGCAGCCUGGCAGCUGACCAGGGCUUACCAGACACUGGACACCUGUACAAGCUGGAGGUGGGCGCCCCUUACCUGCGGGUGGAUGGAAAAACAGGGGAGAUUUUCACCACGGAGAUCCCCAUAGACAGAGAGACGCUGAAGGAUUGCCGGAUCAAGGGGAAGCCAUGCUUUCUGGAGUUUGAAGUGUCUGUCACAGACCUCAUCCAGAAUCAGAGCCCCCGGCUGAUUGAGGGACGGAUCGAAGUGCUGGACAUCAAUGAUAACACCCCACAGUUUCCCUCACCUGUCCUUACUCUCUCGGUGCAGGAGAAUGCUCACAUGGGGGCCACCUUCUCCAUCCCCCAGGCCACCGACAAAGACACAGAACGCAAUGGAGUAGUUAAGUAUGACCUGAACGCUGGACCUGAGGCCAGUGCACUCUUUGGCCUGCAAAUGGCAAACGACAGGGGUGAGAAAUUGCCUCAGCUCAUUGUGCUGGGAAACUUGGACAGGGAACUGAAAGACUCUUACGACCUAACCAUCAAAGCUGUGGAUGGGGGAACCCCGCCUCGUUAUAGCAGUGCCUUGCUGAGAGUCGUCAUCACGGAUGCCAAUGACAAUGCCCCCCAGUUCGAGAAAUCCUCCUACGAAGCAGAAGUUUCGGAAAACAGUCCUGUUGGACACUCAGUAUUGCAGGUCAAGGCCAACGACUCUGAUCUUGGUGCAAAUGGUGAGAUAGAAUACACUAUACAUCAGGCCAGUGACCCAGUGCCAAAGCUGCUACAGAUUGACCAUUCAACUGGCAUCAUAUCUGUCAGAGGUCCAUUGGAUCGUGAGGAGAUCAGCAGCCUGAAAUUUCAUGUCAUUGCCCGGGACAAAGGUCCGUCUCCCAAAAGCUCCACAGCAUAUGUUUCCAUUGAGGUGACUGACCAGAAUGACAAUGCACCAGCUGUGGAGAUCCGUGGUAUUGGUCUUAGGACCCAUAGUGAUGGGGUAGCAAAUAUAUCAGAGGACAUGCCAGUGGGCACAGCGGUGGCACUCGUGCAAGUUUCAGAUAAGGAUGAGGGAGAGAAUGCCAUGGUGACUUGUGUGGUGGCAGGUGAUGUUCCCUUUCAGCUCCGGCCAGCUGGCGAUUCAUCUAUCGAUAACAAGAAGAAGUACUUCCUGCAGACUACCACGCCUCUGGACUACGAGCGGGUCAGGGACUACCGGGUGGAGAUUGUGGCUGUCGACUCAGGCAACCCAGCUCUGUCCAGCACCAAUUCCCUGAAAGUACAGGUGACUGACACUAAUGACAAUUCUCCCAUAUUCUCACCACCCUUGUUCGAAGUAGAGUUUGCUGAAGAGAACCAACCAGGAGAGAAGGUUCUUGAUGUUGUUGCACAGGAUGCAGACAGCGGCACCAAUGCAGAGCUUGUCUACAGCAUCAUUGCAGACUCCUCAACAAGGGGCCUCUUUGAGAUUGACCCCAACUCAGGGGAAGUACGAGCAAGGAGCCCACUUGACCGUGAGCACAAGGAACGCUAUGAGUUCCGUGUUACUGCGGCCGACAAGGGUGUUCCCAGCCACAGAGGAACGGCCACAGUUGUGAUUAAAGUUCUGGAUAGGAAUGACAAUGAUCCCAAGUUUAUGCUGAGUAGUUACAGCUUCUCUGUCCAGGAGAAUAUGCCACCACUUAGCCCGGUUGGCAUGGUGACUGUUUUAGAUAUGGAUAAGGGUGAAAAUGCCCAAGUACAGCUCUCCGUGGAACCUGAUGUUGGAAAAUUUGUAGUCCAGAAUGGCACAGGGACCAUCCUUUCCAGCAUCUCUUUUGACCGUGAGAAAGAAAGCAGCUACACCUUUCGACUCAAAGCAGUGGAUGGAGGGGAACCUCCCAGGUCAUCUUAUGUUGGUGUGACCAUCAAUGUUCUUGAUGAGAAUGACAACGCUCCUGUAGUAACCAAACCUUCAAAUUCAUCUUUCAGACGUUUGUCUCCUUUGGCUGCACCUGACAGUGUUGUUGAAGUAGUGGAGGCAGAAGACAUAGACUCUGGCUCCAAUGCUGAACUAGUCUAUAGCAUUACUGGUGGAAAUCCCCAUGACCUCUUCGACAUCUCUGCCUCUGAUGGGGAGAUCAAACUAUCCAAGGAACUGACUCGGAAACAUGGAGGCCUGCAUCGCUUGGUGGUGAAAGUGAGCGAUAGGGGUAAGCCUUCACGCCACGCCAUUGCCCUGGUUCACAUUUAUGUCAAUGAGACCAUUGCAAAUGUCAGCCUCGUGGAGGCUCUAGUGGGACAUAGUUUAUACACACCCCUGGAUACGGACAUUGCAGGAGACCCAGACUAUGGUUUAGCUGCCCAGAGAAGCAACAUUGUGUAUGGCAGUUUGGCCGGUGUGGCAGGAGUUGUCACUGUAAUCAUAGUGGUAGUCUUCAUCAGGCAUCGUCUCCAGCGAGAGACCAAGAGUGGCUACCAAGCUGGCAAGAAGGAGACCAAGGACCUAUAUGCCCCCAAGCAAGGGCCAAAGAGCAUCAAGGGCAAAAAAGGGAGAAAGGGCAAGCCUCCAAAGUCACCCAAACCUCUUGGAGAAGAAGAGGAAGUUAGCCUCCAGAAGAGUUUGAAAUUUAACAUUGAUGGGGUCAAUGACAGCCCUAGGAUCCACCUACCCUUGACCUACCCGCCUGGCAGCCCCGACUUGGGCAGACAUUACCGUUCCAAUUCACCCCUGCCCUCCAUUCAGCUCCAGGCCCAGUCUCCAUCUGCCUCCCAGAAGCACCAGGCUGUCCAGGAGCUCCCUGCUACCAACACCUUUGUGGGAACAGGAGGAGACGACAACUCUACCGGCUCGGACCAGUACUCGGAUUACAGUUACAAGACCAAUCAGCCGAAAUACAGCACAAAAUCGCUGCCGCAUCGCAGAGUGACGUUCUCCACCACCAAUCCCGUGCAGGACCUGCAGGACUCAUCCCAGCAAAGCUAUUACGACAGCGGCCUGGAGGAGUCCGAGACCCCUAGCAGCAAGAGCUCGUCAGGCCCUCGCAUCGGACCGCUGGCCCUGCCCGAGGACCACUAUGAGCGGACCACGCCAGACGGCAGCAUUGGAGAGAUGGAACACCCGGAAAAUGAUAUCCGCUCCCUACCCGAUGUCGCCAUGACGGGGAACUGCAGUCAGGAGUGCAGCGAGCUGGGCCAUUCAGACGCCUGCUGGAUGCCGGGGCAGCCAUCGCCCGUCCGGAAGAGCCGCAACCCUCCCAAGCUCUCCACCUUCGUGCCUUAUCAGGAGAGAGGGAGCCUGGGCCGGCUGGCCAACGGGAACGCCCCCCGGCUGGGCGUGGACGAGCCCCGGCCCCGCCUUCCCCCCUCCCGCAGUGCCUACUCCAGCAGUGACCACGUCCCCAGUGACCACGCCCCACUUGAGGAGGUGCCUCUGAGCGUCACCUCCGAGUUCCCGCCCACCAGCCCCACCUCCAACCACGCCUCCAAAAGGGAAAUUUACCUGUGAGCUUAUCCACGGCCCUACCGACUGACACACAGCUGAAAGAAGGCGCAGAGACGAGACGAAGGCGUCCACGAAGAGGCAUCGGAACCACGUUGACCAGACGUAACGCCACUUGAAUAGCGAAUCCAGGCUAUAAGUGAACAACAAAAGUGUGAUAGAUUUGUACAUUUAUUUAUAUUUCUAUUUAUUUAUGCACUCAUGAAUUCAUCUAUUUAUUACUUUGAUCUGCUUUUCGGUUCCUUGAAAUGCAUUCGUUCUACAUCCUACCACGAACCAUGAAAAAAAACAAAACAAACAAAAAAAAAAAACAGCUUCGACGUGACUGGCUUUAGCUUCGUUAGCCUGUGGAAUGUUUACUGGAUCUUUUAAACAGUGUGACCUGUGCUGUAGUGCCAUAAGCCGGAAGCUUCUACUAGAGUCUCCGCUACUUGUGUGUAUCGGAUCUCCUCCUCCAGACGGAGCGAUCUUAGUACAUGUACAGCGUUGUAAAUACAUUUGUAUGGUGUGUAUAUAUAAACCCAACUACCAGGCUCGAUCUGAGAUCAAAAAAAAAAGGAAAAAAAAAAAAAAACUUCAUAAUGAAUGAACCAGCCUGAGGAAGAUAUGUCGGUGGUGCUGCUGCCACCGUCGGAGGUUCUCUGAGCUUCAGAAGAUGGAGGGAGGGAUGAGGGAGGGUGGGAAAACCUCCUGAUGAACUCACACACCCUCAAACGUCGUCGCGUCUCUGAACUUUACAUGCAGCUGUGUGGCCUGAGACCUGCUGGCAUGUGGUGUUGAGAAACUAGCUGUGUCCCAGUUGCGUACCGAGCACUUGCUCCGGUUUGUGAGUGUUCCGUCGCUCAUGUUUCAAAGCCUUGUGACUUCCUUUUUCUUGUUUAUUGGAAAACGCCAGCUGCCCUUUAUAUUGUAUACGUUUCAUAAUGAAUGGACCAAAAGAAGUGGCUCAGUGUUACUUGGAAUAACAUCUCUUACAUAAACAGAAAUCAGCAUUAAGAACAUUUGGUAACUUGAACCUUGCUACAUAACCAUGGAAGAACAUGUCAUGACAGAUUAUGUCCAGUUCUACAGCAUAUUACCAUUACCAUUACUUCUGCGUCUAGCUGGGCUUCCAUUCAGCCGCUUUACAAAUAUUAUGGACGUUUAUGAGAUUUCAUCAGUAAAAAAUACAAAUUUUGCAAAGGAACUUUAGGCGCUGUAAGCUGCCAGGAUUGGGGGCUCCAUUGAAACAAGCAACCCAGCUUUAAGGCGAAAUAUCUUUAGAGUUAUCUGCCACUUUUUUAUGACUACAUGCAGCUCAGAGACGCCGGGCAGGAUGAGCAAUGGCUCACAUAAUGAGGGCCGAAAUUUCUCUACCACCCGACGUCCACCUUGCAUCUGGGAAAACCAAUUUUUCAAACCAAACAUUGAAAUCAACAUUCAAAAAAAGCCAUUCGCCAGCUAUUCUCAAUUUUGGCUUCAUUGAUUUUCAAAAAAACUUUUUUUUUUCAAUAACCCUUUUUCACAAUUCAACUUUAUAUUGAAACAUGUUCAACAUUUUCCACUUGUCCUAGCAUAAAGACUGUUUUUGCAAUAAUUUGCUUCUUUUUUUCAAAUUUCGUGCUAUUUCAGUGUUUAUUUUUUGCUUAUUUUCAAAGUUUGCAAACAGUUGGUUGGCAGAAAACCUGUUAUAGUCUGUCACAGCAUCACACAUUACAAUAUCUCUCAUGAAAGUGAUGGCAGUGGUCUCAUAGCAACCUAUGACAUGUUCACAACAUUGUUACCAUUUUUAAGGUACAAGGUUUUGCUACGGCUGUGACGGUAUAGUACUUAUACUUUCCUCCUCGUCCAACUCUUAUUUGGUUGUUUUUUCAAAGUUCAGGCUUUUCUACCCAGCUUCAGAUUUUGCUUCCUUUCAAAAUCCUGAAAAUAUUUUUGCCAGAAAACCUGCUAGUCUGUAAUAACAUCAAACAUUAUGGCAUCUCAUAAAAAAUGAAUGGUAAUUUUCAUGCCAACUCAUGGCAACAUCUUUCAUGUGUACAGCAUUGUUAUGUAAAUAUUGUAGCAGGAUUUUUUUCUCAUUCACUUAUAAAGUUACCAUUUUUAAGGUACAAGAUUUUAGUACAAGUUUUGGCUGUGAUAGUAUAGUACCUAAGUCUUAUAUUUGAAUCUGAAGUUGAAUAUAUUGAAACAAUCCAACAAACACAAUCACAAUUGGUUAUUUUGUUGUCUGGGGUUUGAUGCUACUGCAAACUAUUGCACUAUAAUUUCUGAAAACACUGAAGUUGAGCUGUCUUACAAAUAAGCCUGUCACUUUCAUGCAAUUUUAACUGCUGUCUAAUUGCCGUAGAAAUAAUUGGGCAGUGCCCUGAAUUACUAGCUUGGUAUCUUUAGUUAGGAAACAAAAUUCUGCCACAUCUGGACAUUUAACGUUGUUGCUGGACCAUUAAUCUUAAAUACACUUUGACCUGGCUGAUAGAAACAGCUGGAGCUCAAAUAAACAAACUUUACCCACCCCUGCCUUCUAAAGGUUUUACCGCACCAUUUAGAAGUUCGAGCGUUUAUUAGGACAACUUGAGUUAAAAGUCAAUAAGUUUGGCCUUCUGCUUUACUUUAUUUCACCCAGCGCUUCUGCUUAAAUGCUUCUGGUCCUUGUGACACAGAUGUAAUUAUGUAAGUGAACAGCCGUAGAAAGUAAUUGUGGUCAGGAGAUUAUGUAAUGAUUGCUUUACCUACAGAAAACCAAAACGUAAUGAACAAUUCUUGGCAUUUUUUUUUUUCAAAGUAGGCUACAAGGUUGCAGCCUGUUAUAACAAGCUCAUUGUUGCUAUUAGCAACAUCAUUUCCCAUUAGCAGACUACACUGCAUUCAUAUUUUUGCAUUAAGCUUAGUGCACUGAAAAUCAUCACUGUCCAAAACAAGCUCAUAAACUGUAACUUUACAGUAGAAGGCAAAAAGGUUUCUCAACUUACAACUUAAGUUAAUGAUUUUAUUUAGUUCAAUUAUUCAGUGCUGGAGCGUUUCUAUUGGUUCAGUUAUUCAGUGCUGGAGCGUUUCUAUUGGUUCAGUUAUUCAGUGCUGGGGCGUUUCUAUUGGUUCAGUUAUUCAGUGCUGGGGCGUUUCUAUUGGUUCAGUUAUUCAGUGCUGGGGCUUUUCUAUUGGUUCAAUUAUAUAAUUUUGGAGCAUUUCUAUUGGUCCAAUUAUUGAAUUUUGGAGCAUUUCUAUUGGUCCAAUUAUUGAAUUUUGGAGAAUUUCUAUUGACCCUAAUUAUUAUUUUUUUUAGCAUUUCUAUUGGUCCAAUUAUUCAAUUUUGGAGCAUUUCUAUUGGUUCAGUUAUUGAAUUUUUGAGCAUUUCUAUUGGUCCAAUUAUUCAGUUUUGGAGCAUUUCUAUUGGUUCAGUUAUUGAAUUUUUGAGCAUUUCUAUUGGUCCAAUUAUUCAGUUUUGGAGCGUUUCUGUUGCUUCAGUUAUUGAAUUUUGGAGCAUUUCUAUUGGUCCAUUCAACAUAAAAUUUCCAAAAAGUACAAAGUAGAUCAAAUUAUAUAUAUAUGUUUUUUAGCAUUAUUGUUCUGUGUGCAGUUGGGACACAGUGUGUGUGUGUGUGUAUGUGUGUGUGUCUUAGGCCAUAGACGACCACAGCAGCUGAUGCUACAUGACAGCAGGCCUGUGCGUGUGCACAUGGCCAGAAAACUAAUGUACGUCUUGUGUGUUGUCACAAACUCGCUGUCACACAUUGUGUGGCGCUACCAGCACACUGUCACAUAGCCAGCCCAGCACACACGCGCGCGUGUGUGUGGGCAUGGUAGCGUGUGCGGCUGUCGACCCGCCGUCGGGUGUGUGUUUGGCACUGUGAACCCUUUCCUUCUUGGCGGACCUCACACAGCGCAGUGGCUUAACUCCAUGCAGCAGGCUAAGCCUCUCUCGCUGAGCUGCUAGCCUGCUGUUCCUUUAGAACAGGGCUGAGCUGAAAAGGCAUUUCUUUCGGAAAAACUACUUUCGCAGAGAUCUGUCGCACGACUCCCCGUUGCAUCAGGGAGCGCUAAGUGUUUCUGAGGGAAUCGCUGGAUGGUCUGCAGAUAUAGCCCCCUCUCAUGGAGCCAGAGACAUCUUCACGAAGAACCGACCAUGGCUAGAUCCAACAGAGGUGUUUAGGUCACACUUUAUUUCGGUGGUUAGCUGUAAAUGCUCAAAUAGUUCGCUGUUGUUCUCUGACUGGUUGAUAUAAUUAGUGUUAGAGGUGGAAGAAGUACCAUCCUUUCACUGAACUCUUGGCACAAUACUACUUGAGUAAAAAUACAAGUAUUCUACUUGAGUAGAAUUGCAAAUCAAAUGUAGAAGCACUUUGAGUUAUUUUGAUGAAUAAGUUGUUCAUCCCAGGCUUUUUACAUAGGAUUAUUAAUCAGUAACUACAGGAGCUAAAUGCCAGCCUGUUGAGCUACUCUUAGGCUAUAGAAGUGUGUAAUAAAACUUUGGGCCCAUCAGUGGACCAUAGCCAUUUAAGGGAUUAGGUCUGAUUAGUCCAUGAGCUUUAAGUUUCAGACAGAGUUUAAAUUAUACCAGAAUAUUUUCUGGAACCUACCAGAUCCAUCAUUGUUCCAGGUAUUAGGGUUAAUCCCUGUCUGGGAAACCAGCACUAAAGUACAUUCACAAGCAUGUAUUUUUGUAUUUUUUACUCAAGUAGAAAUACAGCUUGAUAUUUUUACUUUUACUUGAGUAUUAUUUUAUUGAGUACUCAAUACCUACAGUACUUCAGGAUUAGAACUAUGAUCAUUUCUAUGUUUUGGGUUGACAUUAAGGUUAGAAUGAGUGUUAAAUUUAGGGCUGGUUUCCCAGUCUAGUCCAGGGCUACACUGUAGUCCAUGGGCUUAAUUCCUGUCUCUUAGGGUUUGGAUAAGGUUUAAUUUGUGCCAGAACAUUCUGGAACCUUCCGGAUCCGUCGUUGUUCCAGAACUUAAUCAUUUACAAAUUGAGCUCCUUUUUUGGGAAAAUAAAUCUAGUUGAGCAUCAGUUUAAGUUGAGCAUCUACAGUGGAUCACCGGAACGAAGCGUUACCGAAUUUUGCUAGCCUUUUCUUACUUACGCGGUCAUAACGGCCACCCCCUCUUGUUCUGAAACCUGCGUAGGUAUAAAGAACACUUUCUCAAUGCCUUAAAGCGGUUGUACUUAACAAUCAUAAUCGACGAAUUCGAUUGAUAAUCCCGUCUGGCCUCGCGAGCAUGUCGACUGUGCAUGUACUUUCAAGUCAGGAAUGACUAAGGUCCCAAAAGAUGAAAUUCCCUCAUUUCUACAUUUACGUUCUUUUGAUGGUCAUUGCUUCCCAACGUCCAGCUCUCCAUGGUGUAUUUCCUUCCAGUGAAGUGGUUCCUGACCAUGCUGGAUUGGCUAGCUUCACACGCUUUGCCGGACAAUGUGUCAGGAGCAAAGAGAGAUCCUUUUUUGUGGGUGGGUUUCCAGCCAUUAUGGCACUGAAGUGACAUGUUCAAGGUGCUGUAGGCUAAACUGAAAUGUAAUAGUGAGUAAUCGCCAUAGCAUCUCCAUCACUAUACAGCACCUAUCCUCACCCCGAGGGGUGUAUACGUGCGACGGGGUGAGCUGGGAGUAGCUGCAGUGGCCAUUUUGCUAAUUAGAGCGCCCGCAGAAAGCACAGAGCUGGGAGAGGUUUCAGCGGCGGGGCGUUUAAAGGAAACAGCGGCCCGCUUUUACCUCACCAGCGCCCCCUCCGGCGCCUUGGCGGAGAAUAAUUAAAGCCGAAACAUAUGGAAAUCGCUGGACACGACUGUGAUUAAAUAAGGCGAACGAUUGCACUCGCCUUGAGGAGAAAAAGCACAUUAUGCUGUUUUCAAAGCCAUUUAGCGACUGUGAUGAAAAAAAGGGAAAAAAAUUCCAACGAGAGUCAUGAUCCAGUGUAAUUAGCCCUUCUCGCUCUCUACUCUCUUCACCACUCCACUCUGCCCAUCUCCGCCAUGGCUAAGCGCGAGUUCACUGACCUGGACUUAACUCGGUUAAGGAUAGAGAUGACCACUGCACCGUCCACUCACUAGGUUUAACCUACCGAAGCAGGGUUUGACCCCACUACACUGUAAUCCCAGCCUGUGUCAAAAAAAAAAAAAGGAAAAAAAAAAGAAGAAAGCUUUGAAGUUGAAUCGCCGGAUUUGAUUCCCUUUUUCGGCGACGUAGUCUCGACACAGCUGGUUUCGAGCUCCGCACUGUAACCCGAACUCGAGACGAGUCAUCCAACGCCUUUUCGGAAUCACUCGCUUCGACUGGUUCUCAGAGGGCAGAAUGUGAUCAACUUUUGUCGUUUUUU